CUGUGGCCAAAGCCCGGAGAAACACAGCUCAUUGUUGGCAGCUGCCUGGCGGUCCUGAGGAGCGGCUAGGGCAGCGGAGGGAAAGAAAAGGGAACGGCUCGGAAUUUGCUCCAGCGGCUGCUGCAAGACCUCGGCUCCAACCUCGCACCAGCGAGCGCCCCACAGCCCUUCGGCUGCCCCUCUAUGUGCUGCUGAGCCGGUCCUGGACCCGACGAGCCCGCCUUCGGUGUUCCGAGCCGAAAUCGCAAAGACGGAAGGACUGGAAAUGGCAGACCAUAUGAUGGCCAUGAACCACGGGCGCUUCCCCGACGGCACCAACGGGCUGCACCACCACCCUGCCCACCGCAUGGGCAUGGGGCAGUUCCCGAGCCCGCAUCACCACCAGCAGCAGCAGCCCCAGCACGCCUUCAACGCCCUCAUGGGCGAGCACAUACACUACGGCGCGGGCAACAUGAAUGCCACGAGCGGCAUCAGGCACGCCAUGGGGCCGGGGACUGUGAACGGGGGGCACCCCCCGAGCGCUCUGGCCCCGGCCGCCAGGUUUAACAACUCCCAGUUCAUGGGUCCCCCGGUGGCCAGCCAGGGAGGCUCCCUGCCGGCCAGCAUGCAGCUGCAGAAGCUCAACAACCAGUAUUUCAACCAUCACCCCUACCCCCACAACCACUACAUGCCGGAUUUGCACCCCGCUGCAGGCCACCAGAUGAACGGGACAAACCAGCACUUCCGAGAUUGCAACCCCAAGCACAGUGGAGGCAGCAGCACCCCUGGCGGCGCGGGUGGCAGCGGCACCCCCGGCGGCUCCGGCGGCACCUCGGGCGGCGCGGGUGGCAGCAGCGCGGGCGGCAGUGGCGGUGGCAGCACCAUGCCCGCCUCGGUGGCUCACGUCCCCGCGGCAAUGCUGCCGCCCAAUGUCAUAGACACUGAUUUCAUCGACGAGGAAGUGCUUAUGUCCUUAGUGAUAGAGAUGGGUUUGGACCGCAUCAAGGAGCUGCCAGAACUCUGGCUGGGCCAAAAUGAGUUUGAUUUUAUGACGGACUUCGUGUGCAAACAGCAGCCCAGCAGAGUCAGCUGUUGACUCGGUUAACCUCGCGGCUGAAAGAAAUCACCCUUCCCUGCCCCCACCCCCAACUUCUUCGGUGUGAAUUAAAAAAAUCAAAAACAAACAAAAAAAAAAACAAAAAAACAAAAACAUUCCCUUAGACGCAGUAUCUCACUUUUCAGAUCCUGAAAGGUUUGAGAACCUGGAAACAAAGUAAACUAUAAACUUGUACAAAUUGGUUUAAAAAAAAAAAAAGAUUGCUGCCACUUUUUCCUGUUCUUGUUUCGUUUUUGUAGACUUGACAUCCACCUCCCUUAUGUAGUUGAAAAUAUCUAGCUAACUUGGUCUUUUUUGUUGUUUGUUUUUACUCCUUGUUUCCUCACUUUCUCCCGUGCUCAACUGUUAGAUAUUAAGCUUGGCAAACUGCUUAAUCUUGUGGAUUUUGUAGAUGGUUUCAAAUGACUGCGCACUGCAUUCAGAUUUAUGAGUGAAAGGAAAAAUUGCAUUUCUUGGCUGCAUGAACUUUGAAGGGCAGAUAUUACUGCACAAACUGCCGUCUCGCUUCAUUUUUUUUUUUUAAACUAUGCAUUCGAGUACAGACUUAAGUUUUCAAAUAUGCUAAACUGGAAGAUUAAAACAGAUGUGGGCCAAACCGUUCUGGAUCAGGAAAAGUCAUACCGUUCACUUUCAAGUUGGCUGUCUCCCCCUCCCCCAUAUGUACAGACAAUAAAUAGGGUGUGGAAUGUCGUCAGUGGCAAACAUUUCACAGAUUUUUAUUUUGUUUCUGUCUUCAACAUUUUUGACACUGUGCUAAUAGUUAUAUUCAGUACAUGAAAAGAUACUACUGUGUUGAAAGCUUUUUAGGAAAUUUUGACAGUAUUUUUGUACAAAACAUUUUUUUGAGAAAAUACUUGUUAAUUUAUUCUAUUUUAAUUUGCCAAUGUCAAUAAAAAGUUAAGAAAUAA